AUGCCAUCCGCAAGAGAGCAGCUAGCAGCAAUAAGGACGGAAGUUCAAGCGAAUGACGCACCGAAGCUGACAGCCCCACACGAGCAGCGGGAGCAGCUCGACGAAGGAACGCUAAUGCUGCUAGAGACCGCCAUCACCGCGCUGGAUGCGAACGAACCCCAGCUGGCCGUCGCGGGAGAAUGCCUCAAGAUCGCUCACCGCCGCCUUAAGUGCUACUCCGUUGCUCUGGCCAAGGCGGGCCCAGGAGCCAACGGUAAUUUCACGGCCCCCUACGAAAUCUGGCACGGCAGGCGGCGCAACUUCACCAAGCCCGAGUUCAAACCAGAGGCCAUAGAUAAGGGCGACAUAGAGAGUGCAUUAGCUAAAACGCGCAAGUCGGUGGCGGCGGACAGGGACGAGAAUUUGGCCGCCACAGUACUGGGCGCACUGCUCGUCACCGCGGGUUUUAGAGCCCCUCGCCCCGCGCAGCCCCCCCCUGCCCAACGAGACAACACACAAGUGGAGACCAAGAACACCGCCAAGCGUCCCGCACCCGGCCCUGCAGAGCCCACCCGGCCCCGGACCAAGGUCGCCCACCAAGCCCAGGAACCACAUCCAGAUCCAGGAGCCCCUUCGAGGAAUGAACAAGCGGUCCCAGAAGCAGGUACUGCCAGCUUCCUUGAUUACCCACGACUUGCUUUUCCAAGUAUAUUUGCGUAUGCGUGGAGCGUCUGGGACUACCCGCGGAGCGUGAAUAUCUUCAUUGCGGGGGACGCGACGUAUUCGGGUUUUUUGGGUUUUGCAUUUGCUGGCGGCUCGGACGUUGACCUUGGCAGAGGCUACGUGUUCGUGUCCUGGGACAGCCUUUCCAUGGACAGCUCCAAUUCGCCGACUAUGUAUCAUGAUGGGUCCAACACCCUCCUCCACGAGCUGUUCCAUCAUCUGGGUCUAAAACAUACAUUCGCCCCCCUCGAUUACGGGAGCUUUUCCACCGACUGUUAUCAAUACGAUGACUACGUCAUUGACACUCCAGUCUCAGGCCUCGCAACCUCAAGCAUGUUUCUUUACCCUGCUGCUGUGUCGUACUGUGUGGAGCUCUUCUGGGGCAAGUACGGCGGCGACUGGGAUGCGACAUACGUUCGUUGGAGCAGCACGCUGGGUAUCCCAGAUACUGACAAAAACGCCUGGGCAGACAGCUGUCCCGGUAAACCCGGGUACGACGAGCUGGGCAACUACAUGACGUACAACACCCCCGUCUGCUUCGCAGCUUUGGGCCAUUUCACGCCAGCGCAGGUGCAGCGGGCGCAUUACGUGACGGCGGAGCUGAACCCCGUGUUGUACGCUUGGGGCCAGUACUAUGCGCAGAACGCCGCGGCCCCCCCUCCUCCGCUGUCGUCAACCCCCUCGGUCGAUGUCUGCCGGCGGCUGGCGGGGCCUUUCCUGCAGGCAAACAGCUGCUAA